CGGAAUCAAAAGUUGUAAGAGAUCAUCGAGUGCCGUGUGUUUUUCAGAAUGAUGUCUUUGAAAACAAACCAUCUGGUUAUUUGACACGGUGUCAAGCUUGUUCCAAUAUUCGCAUUGACACCCACUCUUCGGAAUAUUAAUUUCUCAUCGACAAAGUUGCCAAUCAGUGUCAAAUCUACUCAUUUUAUGUUUAUAUGGACUUUUAAUUUAAAGUUUCUUAUCAGCCAGAUGGUGUAAAUUUUUAUUAAUUGCCGUAUCGUGUUCGAAUUCCUCGAAUUUUGUUUGCGAAUUUUGCAACAUUUUUUUCGUUGGUGUGAGAUAGAGGAAGGUCUGAAAUAAGGUAUCAUGGUGCUUAGAAGUAAGAAUCUUAUUUUAUUUGCUAAAUAUGAAAGAGGAAAAUGUGUCACGUUGAAUUUACUAGUUAAGUCACAGAUGAUAGUUGCAAACAUAUCAUAUUAAAAGUAUCAAUUGAUUUACCCAUGAAAACUGGAAAUUUAUCAAGUUGAAUUUUUUUAUUGAUUUACAGAUGAAGUGUGCGAUUGAAAUUGAUUGAUCUAUAGAUGAAAGCUGUAUUACGUUUAAUUUACUAAAUGGUUUAAAAAUGAAAACAAAAAUUGCAUCCUAUUCAAUCGAUCAAAACAUGAAAAUGAACAUGGGUACUAUUGAAGUCACAGAUUGCUUUAUAUUUAGUGUCUUCCGUUAAUAUAUUAUCCAAUUGAUUUUUAAUUUUAUUUCGCUGAAUCUAUUCAAAUGAUAUAUUUUAUUGCACUUGUAUAUAAUUGAUUAUCAAUUUGAUGACGUUGAAUUUUGUCAAUUGAUUUGUAGUUUUAUUUCGUGGUAUUUAGCCAAAAAACCUGAAUAACUUUUGAUUUCAUCAUGAGAUUUUUCCUAACUGUAUCGAUAUUCUGCUUGUUGCUGAUGUGCACAGAGGGUCGAAGACGUCGCUCUCAGAACUGCAGAGAGAAGAUGGGCCAAACAGCAAGAAUAAUCUUUACAGGAACUGUUGAAAGGCUGUAUAAAUCGAGAGCUGCCGUUUACAAAGGGGUGAUCAAAGUGAAAAGAGUUGUAAAAGGCGAUCAGACAUUAGCAGAUAAUACUGUAAUAGUUGAAGGAUUUGGUGAUCCUAAUAUCUGUCACAGUGAUGUCCGAGAGAGGGACACAAGAAUAUUUCUUGUUAAUCAAAUGGACAAUGGACAUUUGAGAUUGAAUUCCAGUGUAGUAAGGGUUACGGUCUAUAAUUUAGAAAAGGCUGCAGCAGCUGCUAGUGGAUUGCCCCCCAAGACAAGAAAGAAUAUCCAAGAAACGGAAUGUGAAAAAAUGUAUUGUGCUUAUGGUGCUUUGUGUGUUGUUGACAAACGAACGCAGCGAGCCCACUGUAGAUGUCAGGAAACAUGUACGGACGUGUUUGCACCAGUAUGUGGGAGUGACAGUGUUACAUACUCCAGUGACUGUCAGCUGAGAAUGGCAUCAUGCACUAAACAGAAAAGAAUUUUUACUAAGCACCAAGGACCUUGUGACCUUAAAGAUCCCUGCCAAGAGAAAGAAUGUCAUUUUGGAGCACAGUGCCAACCAUCUCUAGACGGCAGAACCGCAGAAUGCAUAUGCCCAGAGAAAUGUGCCGUAUACGGCGAUAGUCGAUCAAGGCCAGUAUGUGGUACCGAUGGUAAAGACUACCUUAAUGUGUGUGAACUACGAAGAACAUCUUGCCUCGAAAUGAGAGAGAUCAAAGUGCGAUACAAGGGACAGUGUGAUCCUUGCCAAAAUAUAAAGUGUCCUACUUACCAGAUGUGCCAACUCGAUGACAACAGAAACCCAACUUGCCGUUGCAAUGAUGUUUGCAAUCCUGAAUUCCGGCCAGUAUGCGGAUCUGACGGAAAAACUUACAACAACGAAUGCAUUAUGAGGGUGGAAGCUUGCAAAACACAUAAAAGCAUUAGAGUUAUAUAUUCCGGGGACUGCAAUAUAGGAAUAAAUCCUUGUGACUUGAUUAGAUGCGGACCAGGUCAAGAAUGUGAUAUCGAUAAAUUUGGGGUCGCGUCUUGCCAAUGUCCACCAACAUGUGAAUCAAAAGUGCAUCCAAUCUGUGGAUCAAACGGCAGGACAUUUGACAAUGAUUGCGAACUCAAAAGACAAUCCUGUCUUCUGAGACAAGAACUUACAAUCAUUCACACAGGAGAAUGUGGAGAGCAUGGUCCUUGCCAUACUCAUCAUUGCUCUUAUGGAGCAAUGUGUGUUGUAAAAAAUGGUCAAGCGGUUUGUGAAUGUCCAACAUGUGCUGAAGAAUUUGAACCGGUUUGUGGAACGGACGGCAUUUCAUACACAAAUGCUUGCAAACUUAAAAGAGAGGCUUGUGAACAAAAAACAGAUAUUAUAGUCUCUCAUGAAGGACUUUGUAAUACCUGUUACGCCCAACAGUGCGACUUUUAUGCUGUCUGUGAAAGCUUUGGAAUGGGUGAAACUCGAUGUGUUUGUCCAGAGGUUUGCAUUAAGGUUGACGCUCCUGUUUGUGGCACCGAUAAUGUGAGCUACCCAAAUGAGUGUGAGCUGAGAGUAAAUGCAUGCAAAAAGCAACAGUACAUAGCUGUAUCAACUAAAGGAUUGUGUGAACAAUGUGACCACGUUCAUUGCAAAUAUGGAGCCCGAUGUGAUAGUGGAAAAUGUGUGUGUCCUACAGAUUGUCCGCAUAGUUUCGCCAAUGACCAACGCCAAUUCGUGUGUGCAAAUGAUGGCCAAACUUAUUUGAACGAAUGCGAAAUGAAGAGAGUCGCUUGUCAGAAAAGCAGAGACUUGUCUGUACAGUUUUUCGGAGCUUGUGAAGAAGCUCCUGAAAACUUAGGAGUCGAAGAAGGCAAUUUACCAGCUCUGAAGGAAAGGAAAAUUAGCAGUUGUCAAGAUAAACAGUGCAAAUAUGGGGGUACUUGUGACUUCAACGUGGAUGGAGCUCCUUUUUGUGUCUGCACGUUCCAUUGCCCGGCAAUUAAGGAACCCGUGUGUGGGUCAGAUGGACGAAUGUAUGAUAAUGAAUGCAGAAUGCGAGAAGAGUCAUGUUUGUUACAGAAGCGAAUAGAGACAUCAUCACGCGAAGUUUGUGUUGAUCACGUCGAUAUACCAUGUGACGGCGAACCACCAGUAACAGACCCGGCAACGGGAAAAGAUUACUACUGUGGCAAAGGUAUCGGGCAGACGGGAACAAUUUCAAAGCUAUGCCCUGCUGGUAGCGUAUGCCAUGUUACUGAAUAUUUCGCCAAAUGUUGUAAAGCAGCUCCUUUAAUAAAAAGUUGUGAAGAUACGCCAUUUGGUUGCUGCCCUGAUCACCGGAAUCCUGUGCAAGGACCUAAUAAUGGUGGUUGUCCUAGUGUUUGCAACUGCAAUAAAUUGGGUUCUUACAGUUCAACUUGUGAUCCGGUAUCGAAGCAAUGUCCUUGCAAACCAGGAGUUGGAGGACUUCGCUGUGAUCGCUGUGAACCAGGUUACUGGGGAUUACACAAGAUAUUAAAUGGAAAUAGCGGAUGUGCCCAUUGCAAUUGCAACCCUUAUGGAUCUAUACGAGACGACUGUGAACAAAACACGGGAAGAUGCGUUUGUAAACAUGGCAUUCAGGGAAUGAAAUGUGAUCUUUGUCCUCUGGGUACGAUUCUUGGUCCUGAUGGAUGCAUGGAUGAAUCUCAAGUGAAUACAACGGUAGAAUCUUGUGAUGAUUUGGAAUGCUAUCACGGUGCCCGGUGUGUGGAGAGGGACUCGAAACCCCAAUGCAGCUGUGACUUUAAAUGUUCACCAGAAGACAGUAGAGAUCCUGUGUGUGGAUACGACGGAAACACGUAUGGCUCAGAAUGCCAAAUGAGACUUUUCAGUUGCAGAUAUCAGAGACCCAUAAACAUCAGACACUACGGAGUGUGCAGGAAGGGAUACUUAAGAGACUCAGAUGUGACCACCACAGACUCUCCUUUUAGAAUACCCAAAAGACGUAGUUACGGUAAAAUGCCUGACUUCAAACAGACUUCAUCAUAUGUGACCAUUAAAACAAAUUUUCCUCAAAAUCUGUACAUGACAACUAGCUCACCAUUUGCGAAUGAAUCGACAGUAUACAAGCAAUCGGAUAUGGAUUUGUUAAAAAAAUUUCAUUCAGAAGUUAAAGUCCCGUCAUUUACUGGAAAAUCAUACAUGGAAUUGUAUAAACUUGAAGCGUAUUCUAAAAUGUCCCUAGAAAUAGAGUUCAAGACUUUUGCAAAAGACGGAAUCUUGUUGUAUAAUGGUCAAAUAUCAACAAAAAACGGAGACUUCAUAUCACUAAGCAUUACAGAUGGAUUUGUUGAAUUUAGAUAUAAUUUGGGAAGUGGAACUGUUGCAUUGCGAUCAACAGAGAGAAUUCCUCUGGGAAAAUUCGUGAAAGUUAUUGCGAAAAGAUUUUAUAAAGAUGGAAUGUUAGUAAUAGAAAACCAAGAAAACGUAUCUGGUAGAAGCCAAGGGACUCUGAAAUCUUUAGAUUUAACCGAAAACCUAUAUGUUGGUUACGUACCCGGACUUUCUAAAAUAAUAUUUGCAAACAUUGGAGUUGAUCAGGGUCUUGUUGGUUGUAUACGUCGUUUGAAAAUUGAUCGACGUGAAGUAAAUUUGAAAUUUCCAUCCUCAAAGGAAAUACUGACAAGUCGUGGAAUAAGUGAUUGUACAAAAAAUAAAUGUAGUAUGAUGCAGUGUAAAAAUGGUGGGACUUGCGUCGCUCAUGAGGAAAACAACUUCAAAUGCCAGUGUACUCAAAACUAUACAGGCAAUAAUUGUGAAUUCAGUAAAAAUCCAUGUAGUAAAAGUCCUUGUGGAGAAGGAUCAGUUUGUGAAGAACUAUUAGAUGGAGGUUUUGCAUGUAAAUGCGCACAAGGACGAACAGGAAAAUUAUGCGACAAACCCAAAAAGCACUCCAUUGGAAUGAGAGUUCCAGAUUUCAGAAACAACUCGUAUUUGGAAAUGCCAACAUUAAAGAAUGCAAAACAUGCAUUUUCAUUAGAGAUAUGGUUUUAUCCAAGAAUGGAAAACGGAAUGCUGCUCUAUAAUGGUCAACUCAUGAAUAAAAAAGGAGAUUUCAUAGCUUUAAUAUUAGAAAAUGGAUACGCCAAUUUUAUAUAUAAUUUGGGAAGUGGAGCUAUCAACAUAACUUCCCGCAGGCAAAUUUCUCUAAAUGAAUGGCAUUCUAUUAAAAUUAGCCGUCUCAGAAGACAAGGAACAUUGAAGGUAGACAAUGACAGUACAGUAGUUGGUAAAUCAAAACCUCCUCUGGCAGAAUUAAACCUCUCUUUACCACUGUAUAUAGGCGGUGUACCCCAUAUUAAAUAUGUGCACAGAGAUUCGAGAAUAACCAUAGGAUUUGAUGGUGCAAUUCAAAAAAUUGUGUUUAAUGGUGAAGAUUGGAGUAAUUUAAAUGAAAGAGCGGUGAAGUCUGUUGGAGUAAAAGCUUUUAAAGGAGAACCAUGCGCACAUGGAACAUGUUUAAAUGGUGGCGUCUGUAUUCCUGAAUUCACUUCUUUUAAGUGUCGAUGUCCGCAAAAGUAUACAGGAAAACAAUGUGAGAAACGUAUUAGUGGAAAUGGCUUACUACGAGCAAUAUCUUUUAACGGAACAACGUUUCUUACUUUCCCUUACUCCAACACUAAAGGGUCCAGAAGACGCAGAUCAAACAGACUCCAAGUUCGAUUUCGAACUACUUCUUCCUCUGGUUUACUGUUUUGGACAAAUGAGGGAUCCGAUCUGCAGAAUGAUUAUCUGGCUGCUGCAAUUGUUGAUGGUUUUCCAGAACUCAAUUUCAAGCUUGGAAAACAAAAGCAUCCUCUGUCUGUGAGGGUUGAUCAAAAAGUGGAUGAUGGAUUGUGGCAUUCAGUUUCAUUUCACAGGCGAAAGCGUCUUGGAGAAAUAAGAGUGGACAGAAAUUAUUUUGUUUCAAAUGUAUCAGAAUCAGGAUCAAUAGACUUACAUACUGAUGGGGUCUUAUGGAUAGGUGGCGCUCCAAAAUUACCACUAGGAUUGCCAUCUGAUUAUUAUAGCGGUUUCUCUGGUUGCAUAGAUUCAAUUAUUAUCGACAAAAGUCCGGCCCAUCAACUAAUCAUUGAAAAAGGAAGCACUCAAAGGUGCGAAAGCUCAAAGGUUAUGAAUUGAUAUGUUUUGAAAGCAAACGUCCAUCAGAAACAUUGACACUUUUUUUAAAAAUUAUUUUAGUUACUGGCAAAAAACUUUAAUGUCGUAAGUAAGUGAUAUGCCCCAAAAAUAUCGGGGCUUUGCAUCAUUAUCGGGAUUUUGGAACAUUUUCUUGAUUUGAAAUCCUACAAAGGUGUGACAGUGUGACUUCAGAUAAAUUUAUGUUGCCACUGCAAAUGUGAAACUUUUACAAUGCGUCGUUUUCUUAAAACUUUUUAAGAUACUAUCUUAGCUUUUAGCAACAUAAUCCAUGCGGAAUAAUAUUAAAAAGACCAAUAUUCAACUCUUGUGGUACCAAGGUGAGGUUGGUCAUUUUGACUGUAGCUAGAAAAAAGUCACAGAUAAAAGUCUCGUCCAGCUACUUUUACUUAGUACUGUCUUGGAUAAAAGUCUCUGGAUAAACGACAAGAUCAAGUACUGUGCGUUUUGCAAACUUAAAAUAUUACCAAUUUUAAUACAUGAAAUGUGUGCUAAGACCGUGAACAGAAAUUGAAAACUGAAACCAUCAACUAAAAA